CGCUCCCUCCCUCCCUCCCUCCUUCGCUCGAUGCGCGGUGCGCGGCCGGCCGCGGGGCUUGCGCAGCGCGGCGGCGGAGCGGAGCGGUGAGCGGCGGCAGCAUGCGGCGGCCGGGGGAUGUCUGAGGCGGGCGGUGCGGCGGCGGCGGCCGCGCUGCCCCGGCGCCGCUCCGGAGGCAUGCGGGCGGCCUGGGGCUCCGUCUGGUGCCUGUGCCUGGCGGCGGCCGUCGGCGGGAUACCGGCGGCACGGCGGCAAGGCGGCGGCAAGGCGGCGGCGGCGAGGAGCGGCGGGCAGCCGGCAGAAUACUUGAGGAGCGAGACCGCCUUUCUGGAAGAGUUGGUGUUUGGAAAUGGAGAUACCAUUGAACUUUCCUGCAACACCCAAGGCUCUUCUGUGUCUGUUUUCUGGUUUAAAGAUGGUAUUGGAAUUGCACCUACCAACAGAACUCAUAUUGGACAAAAACUGUUGAAGAUAAUCAAUGUGUCAUAUGAUGACUCGGGGCUGUACAGUUGCAAGCCAAGGCAUUCCAAUGAGGUCCUGGGAAACUUUACAGUCAGAGUUACAGAUUCGCCUUCGUCAGGUGAUGAUGAGGAUGACGAUGAUGAGUCAGAAGAUACAGGUGUCCCCUUCUGGACCCGGCCAGAUAAGAUGGAGAAGAAGCUGCUGGCAGUUCCCGCCGCCAACACCGUUCGCUUCCGAUGCCCGGCGGGUGGAAACCCAACCCCUUCCAUCUACUGGCUGAAAAAUGGCAAGGAGUUCAAAGGGGAGCACAGGAUUGGGGGCAUUAAGCUGCGCCACCAGCAGUGGAGCCUGGUGAUGGAGAGCGUCGUGCCGUCAGACCGAGGGAAUUACACCUGCGUCGUGGAGAACAAAUAUGGCAACAUCAGGCACACCUACCAGCUCGAUGUGCUAGAAAGGUCACCCCACCGACCAAUCCUGCAAGCAGGGCUCCCUGCCAACCAGACUGUGGUGGUGGGGAGCAAUGUGGAAUUUCACUGCAAGGUCUACAGCGAUGCCCAGCCUCACAUCCAGUGGCUGAAACACGUGGAAGUCAAUGGCAGCAAGUACGGACCCGAUGGAACCCCCUAUGUCACAGUGCUGAAGACGGCAGGUGUUAACACAACGGAUAAGGAGCUAGAGAUUCUGUACUUGCGAAAUGUUACUUUUGAGGAUGCUGGGGAAUAUACUUGUCUCGCAGGGAAUUCUAUUGGGUUCUCACAUCACUCUGCUUGGCUGACGGUGCUACCAGCCGAGGAGCUCAUGGAGAUGGAUGAUUCGGGCUCAGUGUACACUGGCAUUCUCAGUUAUGGCACUGGCUUUUUCCUCCUUCUCCUGGUGCUGGUCUUGGUGAUUGUCUGGAGGAUGAAAAUGCCAAACAAAAAAGCCAUGAACACCCCCACUGUUCAGAAAGUCUCCAAAUUCCCACUCAAGAGACAGGUAACAGUGUCGCUGGAGUCCAACUCUUCCAUGAAUUCCAACACGCCGCUGGUCCGGAUCACGCGCCUCUCCUCCAGCGACGGGCCCAUGCUGGCCAACGUCUCCGAGCUGGAGCUACCUCCAGAUCCCAAGUGGGAAUUGACACGCUCUCGCCUGACCCUGGGGAAGCCGCUUGGCGAGGGCUGCUUUGGCCAAGUGGUGAUGGCAGAAGCCAUUGGGAUUGAUAAGGACAAGCCAAACAAGGCCAUCACAGUUGCUGUCAAGAUGCUGAAAGAUGAUGCCACAGACAAAGACCUUUCUGACCUGGUCUCUGAGAUGGAAAUGAUGAAAAUGAUUGGGAAGCACAAAAACAUUAUUAACCUCCUUGGUGCCUGCACACAGGAUGGACCACUCUACGUGUUGGUGGAGUAUGCGUCAAAGGGGAACUUGCGGGAAUACCUCAGGGCACGACGCCCACCUGGCAUGGACUAUUCCUUUGACACCUGCAAGCUGCCCGAGGAGCAGCUGACUUUUAAGGACCUGGUUUCCUGCGCCUACCAGGUGGCACGGGGCAUGGAGUACUUGGCAUCUCAGAAGUGCAUUCAUCGCGACUUGGCAGCCAGGAACGUGUUAGUCACUGAAGAUAAUGUGAUGAAAAUUGCUGAUUUUGGCCUCGCUAGAGACGUUCACAACAUUGACUAUUACAAGAAAACCACCAAUGGUCGGCUGCCUGUGAAAUGGAUGGCUCCAGAAGCCUUGUUUGACCGGGUCUACACUCACCAGAGCGAUGUCUGGUCUUUUGGAGUGCUACUAUGGGAGAUCUUCACUUUGGGAGGGUCUCCAUACCCAGGAAUUCCUGUUGAGGAACUCUUCAAGCUCUUGAAGGAAGGCCAUCGGAUGGACAAACCUGCCAACUGCACCCAUGAUUUGUACAUGAUCAUGCGGGAGUGCUGGCACGCCGUCCCCUCGCAGCGACCCACCUUCAAGCAGCUGGUGGAAGACCUGGACAGGGUCCUCACUGUGACAUCCACCGAUGAGUACCUGGACCUCUCGGUGCCCUUCGAGCAGUACUCGCCGGCCGGGCAGGACACCCACAGCACCUGCUCCUCAGGGGAUGACUCGGUCUUUGCACAUGACCUGCUGCCUGAUGAGCCCUGCCUGCCCAAGCACCCGCCCUGCAACGGCGUCAUCCGGACGUGAGCAGCCCGGGCACGUGGACAGACAGACGGACAGACGGGCGGGUGGGCAUUGUGCCCGUGGAGGCACGAGUGCGGGGCGCCGAGCGUGAAACCGUACUGAAGGAUCUUCCAGUGGAACUGUGUGAUGGUGCCUGGAGAUUUGUGUUGUUGACAAGCUGUUCAGGGUAAAAAGAAAAAAAAAGAAAAAAAAAAAAGAAACUUUUUUUUUUUGUCAAUUUUUUUUUUUUAAUUUUUUUUUUCCCCUAUUGCUGUAUGAAAAGUCAAGAAGCACUGUUUGGCCUGAAGGAACUAAUCUCUUGCCAAGAUGAUCUGUCCUAGAUGAUUUUUUGUUUGUUUGUUUGUUUGGGGUUUUUUUUGUUUACUUUCCAUUUUGUUAGGGAUUUUUCCUUUACUAAGGAGAAUGUUGAACCUGGGGGGUGCUGACCUCCCAGCCUCCGCGUUCCGAGUGCCACAGUAACCGUUCUGUGCCUGCAAUACGAAGAAAAGAGAAAAAGAAAACUUCUUUUAUAAAAAAGCAAAAAAAAAGUGUCAAGAAUGUGGAAAUUCUUCGCUUAUGCAAUCUGUACAUGAACCUUUUUGUUGGAGCUGAAAAGCCACGUUGCCUGCAGGGAUUCAUAUAUUUAUAAAAAUACCUAUAUUUUUGUUGUCGUCGUUUUUAUAGCUUCACGAUCAUACUACCCAGCUACAUAGAAGGAAUCCUUUCUGGAAGAACAGAGAGCAAAGCUAAAUAAAAUGCAAAUUUGUCAUGGAGAAAUGAAAGUAAAAAUGGUGAAAAAGAGAUGGUCAAGUCAUCUGAAGUGUCAGCGCCUUGGCCCUUGCACGGGGCUGGGAGCGACGAGUCGGUGCCAGGGCAGGAGCAGAGCCCAGGGAUGGCAGAGACCUGUGGGAUCCCUGGGGAGCAGAGCAUCACACCCUGACCUUUGAGACCAGCCAGCUGGGGGGGGAAAAAAGGAAUAAAUCUCAUUUUUGGGGGUUUGCCUGUUCUUGCUUGCCAGGGGUGAGUGGGGGGAGCAGCUCCUCCAUGCACCCCUCGAGGCCAGAGGUUUGGCUCCAUCUACAUGCAGUGACUUGGAGAAAGAAGUUACGGGUACCUGUAGGCAAGAGCCUUUAACUUAUAUCAAAAAGGUUUAUUCCAGAGAAUCUGUGUAUAAAUCUAUAAAUAUAUCUUGUAUAUAUAUAAAUAAAUAUAUUGAAAGAAAAGAAUGUAUAAUACUAAUGCAACGUAAAGCAGUACUGAGAGAGAGUCUCAAAAUACGAGCAUUGCAAUCUAGGAUAUACUGAUCUGGGCAAAAGAAAAGAUGUUUUUGAUUGUCUGUUUUGUAUCUUCACAGUUUUGUUUUAAAAAUUGUACCUUAACAUGUAUAUUUGUAAAGUUAUUUAUAGACAUUAACAUAUCUGUUCAUUGGUUUAAAUAGCAUAGCGUUACUGUAAACUUUAAAUUUCACCAAACUUAAGGGUGUUUUUUUUAACUUAUUAAAAUGGAGAAAAAAUAUAUUAAUCAAGUUUUUCCUUUGUGUUUAUGGGAAAUAUUGAAAGAAUGUAUAGAUGUACAGUCCUUUAACAAAUUACAUUUAAUGUUAUAAAUAUAUAUAUGUAUUCAUUAAAAAAAUAUUAGUUUAUCCUGGAUUGCAGUGAGCAAAGGUAAGUUUAUUUUUCAAUACAUCACCAGUGGUUAAAACCAAACAAAUAGCAGCAGAGAGAUGAUUUUUACACAUUUCAGAAAAAUAGGGCCAAGAAUUCUUCCAUCAGUUUAACCACUGUGCAUUAAGGGGGUGUGGGUGUUUAUUUUUCUAUUUUCAAAUGAAGGUAUUCUUUGUGGUCGAUUUAAUAACAAGUAUGCAGCAAAGUGAAAUGUUGACUUUGGAUGGUGCAGGGUAGGUUUUUUUCUCUCCCCUUUGCCAGUACUGUUGUAUUUUGGGCUUCAGAAAUGCCAUGUGAGCAGAAUAGUGACACUGUUUGCAGGAGAGCUGCUACAGCUGCAUAUUUCUUUUGCAUCUAACACAUUGGAAAGUGCCAGUGAUGCCUGAUUUUUGGUGUUUAGAAUGCUAUGCUGUUUUGUUCCUCAACACCAGAUAGCUGUGUAAAAGCACAGGAGUGACCUAAAGAAUGUUAGCAUGGAUCAAGCUGACGGUGGGGGAUGUUUGGGCUGAGGAUUUUUUGUGGGUGGGUUUGUUUUUUUUUUUUUUUUUUUGUCCAGAAGACUUCUUUAUGUACUACCAGAAGAGGGAAAGCAAAUUACAUCCUGAAUUCGUUCUUUUCAUUUUUCUCUGGUGCAUAUUGCAUAUCAAUGUUUCAGAAUAACAGGAUGACAGCAUCUCAUUGAAAGAUUUUUUUUCUUCUUAGAGCCACAGAAUCCUUAUCCUAAAAUAAAUAAUUUAUAGUUUGAGGUUACUUCAGUGGAAGUUUGAGAAGGUAGAUUUCUAUAGAUUUUUGUUUUGUUGGAAUAAAAAAAAAAAGAAUUUUUUGGUAUUUUCUUACAAAUGUCUGCUAAUUGUGUACAUUCCAAGUACUCGAAGCAAAGAGUUUUCCUGUACUGAAAAAAGAAAAUGUACAAAACUGUGCAUGGUUUUAAAUGUUACUAGAUAUUAUAAAUAUAUAUAUAAUUUAUUGAGUUUUUACAAGAUGUAUCUGUUGUAGACUUGUUGACUUUAACAUUUCUUAUUCAAUGCUUAUAUAGUUUUAUAGCCUGGACUAUUAUCUUUAAAAGCUUAAAAAAAAUUAAAAGUUCCAAUUUUGUUACAUUUUAUACUGUUGAUGUUACAAUCCACAGGUUUGCAUAGUGUGAUUUUUUGCAAUGAGCAACUCUGUUCAGUUUAUUUUAAUACUGUACUUCUGUGCCUGACAGCUGCAGCUGUCAAAGGUGUGAGAUGAACACUAAAUAAAACUAUUCUGCUUUUGUUAACAUGGAAAACUUACUUCUACCAAAAAAAAAAAAUAAAUAAACAAGUUGAUAAAUUUUGGGGUUUAUUCCUAGUUGUGAGGGUCCUUUGCAAAACCAAGUGUUCCAGGCACUGGGACUUGUAGUGCCAGAAAGGUUUAAAUUUUUUUUAUAGUGCUGCUUUGCAAGUCUUGGCCAGUUCAGGUUUUGUAUUCAUAAUAAAUGGUAGCCAUUUUGGUUGAA